GAACCCUGCUGUUGGAUAAAUAACUGGACCGCCGAUGACUUGAGCUGAAAGGGCCUCUCUGUUUUGUCUGAAUGGGAAGCGAUGCAUGUGACUCUUUUCUUGGAUUUCAAUGGAUGGGCCAAAGAUGAAAGAAAAAGCCGGGAAAACGGUCCGGUUCAGAGUCGCAUCUGCCAACAGUGGCCGAGUCCUGGCUGAGGUGUUCAAGGACGAGAGGACCUGGUGCGGCUCGGUCUCUGACUCUGCAGACUCGGACGGCACCGGCAGCAUGGAGGCAGAGCAGGGAAGUCUGCCGCCCCCCAGUGAGGCCAACAGGCACCUGAACGGCCUGGAGGCUGCCGGGGACGAGAACGGCUGUGAGUCCGAUGACCUGCUGCUGUAUGCCAGUGUCAAGAGGGAGAUGAUGUUCAGCAACAAGAGGAUCAACAUCUGCAGUAAGAACGGAACCAUCCGAGGGGUGAGGAACAAAGUGAGCGCAGGCCAAGUGCUUUUCAACAACCUCUCUAAUAUGUACUCUGGUCGUCAUCAGAGAAGAAGACCCUGGGAAAAGGAGUGAUGGUUCAUGUCAAGCAAUGUCCUUCUUAAAUAUCUGGGACACUUCUUAGAGACUUGGUGCAAUGAGAGGAGUCAUUCUUUACUGAUUAUUGUGGAAUAUUAUUCUUGUUAAAGUGCUUCAAACAAAAUGAGAUGAAUUAGUAUAAUCAGCUUAAAAGAAAGUACACCUAUUUUUAUUUCUAAGGUCACUCUGGUCUUUAUCAGGAUCGAGCUACUUCAUUACAUAAAUUAAACCCUUCAGCCUAUAAGAACAAACAAGAUUUUGUAUACUAUUUACUAACUUUUAUUUGCAAAAAUGAAUGUUUGUAAAAAAAAAAAAAAAAAACUAAGUACACCCUAUCAAAGA